AUGGCUACAGCUACAACCUUAUCAUCAUCAUCAUCGCUACAGUUCAUCAAUGGCUCACACAGAUUUAUCUCUGUAACUCCUUUCUCUUUUACCUCUAUCUUCCUCCGCCGUCGAAUCCGUCGCCUGAAACCCUCGUUCGCUUCGUACCGGAGCUCUCAGUCGCGUAGACGAUACGAAUCGGACGAUCGAUUCUUCGGUGGGUACGACGAGUACGAUGUUGUUCCUGAAGACGAUGGGUUUAGCGACGAUGAAGAAGACGAGAGAGAAAGUAGCGUCGAUCUUCUGAUUAGAUUCUUAAGAAGCAUGUUUAAGAAGGUCUCUAAGCGAGCUAAAAAGGCAUCUCGACGGAUUUUACCAUCCGCCAUGUCUCCUCGAUUAGUGUCUUUUGCAGUAGAUGGGAUAUUGCUAUUGGGUUCACUUUCAAUAACAAGAGCAUUUCUUGAGGUAAUAUGCAAUCUUGGAGGAACGGUCUUUACGGUGAUUCUGAUGAUCCGAUUGUUCUGGGCGGCAGCUUCGUUCUUCCAGACUUACGGGAACUCUUUUGGACCAAACCCGUUAACUUAA